GGAAGCUUUUCUUUUGUAAUUCGCCAUGGCAAAGGGAAAACAAACAGCUGGAAAUAAGACAAAAGGUUCUUCUGAUUCCAAAAAGGAAGGCAAAGACUCCAAGAAAGACGGCAAGUUAAAGCCCGCAAACAGUAUCAAGGUUAGACAUAUCUUAUGUGAAAAACAUAGCAAGGCAAUGGAAGCUUUAGCUAAAAUAAAGGAAGAAAACAUGAGAUUUGACAAGGUUGCUGAAAUGUACAGUGAGGAUAAAGCAAAAGCUGGAGGUUCUUUAGGUUGGAUGAACAGAGGCUCCAUGGUUGGUGCCUUUCAAGAUGCAGCCUUUGCAUUACAGCCUAGCACAUGUGAUAACCCUAUUUUGACUGAUCCACCUAUUAAGACACAAUUUGGAUAUCAUAUUAUCAUGGUGGAGGACAGAAAAUAAGACAAGUCAAUAGGCACUUGAUAUCUUAAGAUGCCUUUUUUUUUAAUAAAACCUGUUGAAGGCAUACAAUGGCUUAAGAAGUGAUAUAAAUAGAGCAGUUUUACAGAUGUAAUAGCAAUUAUAGGUCAAAUAAGAGAAAGGGCUGUCCUUUAGUUCCUGAUGUAAUGUAAGAGCAAUAGACUAAAAACUCAAAAAAAGAUCCUAUCCUGAGAGGUAGAUUAAAGCAACUAGUUGUGUCACUUUAUACAAGAAUAUAUCAACAUCACGACAUUACGAAGGGUAGCUGUUAAUUUGCUUGGAGCAGAGUUGGAGAGAGUACUUUAAAGCAAAUGGUAUUUUCCAAAGUCAGCUUUGAGUCCUUUGCGACAGG